AGCAUCAAACAGUUCCAAGUUUUCUAACAAACACCACACAGCUCCAACAUGAAAUUCCUCAUCGUCUUCGUCGCCCUCUUCGCCAUGGCAGUGGCCCGCCCCAACCUUGCCGAGAUCGUGAGGCAGGUCUCCGAUGUUGAGCCCGAGAAGUGGAGCUCCGACGUGGAGACCAGCGAUGGCACCAGCAUCAAACAGGAGGGUGUCCUCAAGAACGCUGGCACUGACAACGAGGCCGCUGUCGUCCACGGAUCCUUCACCUGGGUGGAUGAGAAGACCGGCGAGAAGUUCACCAUCACAUACGUGGCUGAUGAGAACGGAUACCAGCCCCAGGGCGCCCAUCUGCCCGUGGCACCAGUUGCUUAAGAUGUUUUCCAAAUCGAUCAAAGAGUUUAAAAUAAAUCAAAAUGCUUUAAAUU